GAAAAGAUUUGACUUAUUUAGCUUCCUUUGUUGAAAAGUAUUUACAAGAACUAAAAGAAGGAAUAAUAAAAAAUACUGCUGAGUCUAGACACUUAAAAGAAUUACUUUAUUUAAUGAAAUAUAAUUUAGAACUAGAACAACCUCUUUUUUUUAAAAAAAUAUGGAGUCUGUUAGAACCGGAAGAGAAAAAAACUGACACCGAAACAGAAGAAGUGAUUAUCGAAAAAGAUAAUGGGGAAAAUUAUAAACAAAUGAUGACAAAGAAAUUAAGCGAAAGAGAUAGAACUGUUUAUUUAACUAAAGAAUUUGAAAAGCAUGCAUCUGAAAUAGGCAAGCGGAUUGGGACAGAUUUAAAAUUAGAUGAUGAUUUGACUGAAAAACUUACAACUGCUAUUAAAGAAAACAAAGAGUUUUCUCCUCGCACUAAAAGGAUAUUGUUAAUUAAAGAGGAAUCUUUAAAACAUGCUACUCCUACUAGAGAAAAGAAUAAA